CUCUGCUGAUUUUCCCAGCACUUACGUCUGUGGGUGGGGCUCCUGGGACCGAGCACAGCCUUGUCCGGAGCCAUCGUAGAGCAGAGGUGGGCAGGCCUGGGGCCCGCUGGGAGGCAGCGGCUCACGGUGGCUUGCCUUGCAGCUGGCGCCAUGAGCAGCGACACUGAAAUGGAAGUGUUCGGCAUGGCCGCUCCCUUCCUCCGCAAGUCGGAAAAGGAGAGGAUCGAGGCGCAGAACCAGCCCUUUGACGCCAAAACCUACUGCUUUGUGGUCGACUCGAAGGAAGAGUACGCCAAGGGGAAAAUUAAGAGUACCCAGGAUGGGAAGGUCACGGUGGAAACCGAAGACAACCGGGUAAGCCCUGUCCAGGCCCGCAUGGCCUACUGGCUCUCCACCUGCUCCUCCAGGUCUGGUCCAUGCAUCGCCCCGGCCCAGGUGGCCCUGGUGCCAGCGUGCCUCUCACAGCCUCACUGCGAGCUUCCCUGGAGAAAGCACAGCACAUGCCGGUGCAGGUGGGAGACCUGACGCGGCUGAUGAGAGCAGUUAGUGCCCA